AUCUCACACAAAACCCUUUUCUUUUUUCUCUUUUUUUUUUUCUACUAAUAAGCCUCAGCUCUCAAGCAAGGAAGCCAAGGAAACCCAACAUCCUCAAUUUGCUCUCUUCCUCUGUAGCCAUGUCUGAGGCAGAGAAAGUUGUACCGGCUGCAAAAAAAGAUGAGAAGUCUGGGUCUUCUGAGAGCAAAAAGCCUUCUGAGUCUGCCUCCACAGAAGCACAAACAGGAGAGGCGAGGACAACCUCUGCAGCUGGAGCUGGACUUCAAAAUCCCUUUGAUUUCUCAGCCAUGUCUGGACUACUUAAUGAUCCAAGUAUUAAAGAACUAGCUGAGCAGAUCGCAAAAGAUCCUUCAUUUAAUCAGAUGGCUGAGCAGCUUCAGAAGACAUUUCAGGGUGGUGUUGUGGAAGAUGGUAUCCCCAACUUUGAUAACCAACAAUAUUACUCUACAAUGCAGCAGGUUAUGCAAAAUCCUCAAUUUAUGACCAUGGCUGAGCAACUUGGUAGUGCAUUGAUGCAGGAUCCAUCCAUGUCCAGCAUGCUUGAGAAUUUGACAAACCCAUCACAGAAAGACCAACUUGAAGAACGAAUGACACGCGUCAAAGAAGACCCGUCACUGAAACCAAUUCUUGAAGAGAUUGAAAGUGGCGGUCCAGCUGCAAUGAUGAGGUAUUGGAAUGAUCAAGAUGUUCUAAAGAAGCUAGGUGAAGCAAUGGGCUUUGCUGUUGCAGGGGAGGGUGCCACCUCUGCUGAAGUUUCUGGGCCAGAUGAAACAGAAGAAGCAAAUGAAGAUGAGUCCGUCGUUCACCAGUGUGCCAGUGCGGGCGAUGUAGAGGGCUUGAAGAAUGCAAUAGCUUCUGGUGCUGAUAAAGAUGAAGAGGAUUCAGAAGGAAGGACAGCUUUGCAUUUUGCAUGUGGAUAUGGGGAGGUGAAGUGUGCUCAGGUACUUGUUGAAGCUGGGGCAAAGGUUGAUGCUUUGGACAAGAAUAAGAAUACUGCCCUGCACUAUGCUGCUGGAUACGGAAGAAAGGAGUGUGUCGCGCUGCUGUUAGAGAAUGGAGCUGCUGUUACUCUUCAAAACUUGGACGGGAAGACACCAAUAGAUGUCGCCAAACUCAAUGACCAGAAAGAAGUUAUAACGCUACUUGAGAAGGAUGCAUUUUUGUGAACUGGAGCUACGCGUUCUUCUUGGGGGUGAUUUUUUUAAACCCAUGUAUUCUGAGAACUCAAGGGACCGUAUCAUCCAUACUUAAUGCAUUUCACGUGUUUUGUUUGCCAGUGUAUUAUUUAUACAUUUUCAGGUGUUUUCAUGAGCACCUAUAUUAUAUUAUUUCUGGAUUGUUUUGUAUUUAUAACGUUUACUGUCUUGCUAUGGAAGUUGCUUUGCAUUUUGAGUGAAA